CCAAUUAAAGACCUAAUGCAUUGGGUUCGGAGGUGUUGAGUGGAAGAAGGUGGAGAAGAAGACAUGGAAGAUUUGAAGAAGAGAAAACUGGACGAAGCAGGAAACGGUGAUUUUGCCUCCAAGGAAGAACUUCGCUUCCUCAUUGAACCUCUUGCUAAACCCCAGCUUGUUGAUCUUCUAGCUAAAUUAGGGUCCCAAUAUCCUUCAAUUGCAGAAGAAAUAAAAAGUAUUGCAAGUGCUGAUCCUGCCCAUCGAAAGCUUUUUGUUCGUGGCUUGGCAUGGAAUACCAAUUCAGAAACUUUGCGUGCUGCAUUUGAAGAGCAUGGAGAAAUUGAGGAAGGAGCUGUGAUCUAUGAUAAGGUAACAGGGAAGACCCGUGGCUAUGGAUUUAUUACUUUCAAAAAUAUGGAAUCAACUCAGCAAGCAUUGAGAGCUUCUAGCAAGUUAAUUGAUGGAAGAUUGGCUGUCUGUAAUCUAGCCUGUGAGGGUCUAAGUGGAACAAGUAGUGCUCCUGAUGUUUCCCUGAGGAAGCUUUAUAUAGGAAGCUUAUCACCAGAAGUCACAAGUGAACUGCUGCUCAACUAUUUUGCGAGGCAUGGUGAAAUAGAAGAAGGUUCAGUUGCAUACGACAGGGAUACAAAUGAAUCACGUGGCUUUGGCUUUGUCACGUACAAGACAGCAGAAGCUGCCAAGAAGGCCAUAGAUGAUCUUGAAAAGACUCUUGGGGGAAGGAAUAUAAUUGUAAAAUAUGCUGAUUCCAACAAAGGAAAAACUGGGCAGCCGCCAUUUCCCUCUGGAGUGGUUCCAAUGGCUGGCUUACCUAUGACCACAGGCUAUAUGCAGCCUGGUAAAGCUCAUGUAAGCUCUGGCCACCCUAUAAAUUACAAUUACCCCCAAACUGUUGUACCGUAUUCCGCAUCUCCUUAUCCAAACCCUCACACUGUACCUUCUCCUUAUCCAACACAAGGGCAGAUUCCUUACCCUCCUCUUUCUGCAAAGAAAGACCAACAUGGGUUUCCGCCUAUCCAACCUGUAGGAAUGAACAACUACCCUUAUUACUAUCCCAAGCAAUGAAUGCAUUUAACUGAAUCUGAUGAUUUUGACACUCCCUCUCUUUGCUUUUCUUUUCGAAUCAUUUUAGCUAUUAGUUACCUCUCAUAUCAUAAGUCAUCACAUCACCUGUUAAUGAACCUCUGCAUCCUCUCUUUACAGCUUUUCAUCUAGUUGAUUUUUGGCAUUCUUAUUUAUUA